CCAAAUCCAACUACCGUCAUAUAUUAUUUUCUAUUCUAUUUUCAAAUUGUAAUUUUUAAAUCACACUAUAUAAAGUUUGGUUUGUGUACGCCACAAAAAGAUCCACCAAGAAAAACACGUCACAUUAUCUCCCCAAUGUUGUUUCCUCCUUUAGCCUUCGCUUUGUUCCUUAAUCUCCUUAUUUCCACCUCCAAUGCUAUCACAGACAAACACCAACUCUCCAAAAAUGUCAUCAACGACUUCUUAUACCUCCAGAACAAAGCCCGAUCUGCACUUCGUGUGCCACCACUUGUGUGGGACACAAAGUUAGCACAAUAUGCGGACUCUUAUGCAAGCGAAAGGCAACAAGAUUGUUUGUUGAAGCAUUCAAACGGGCCUUAUGGGGAGAACAUCUUUUGGGGAAGCGGUGAUGGGUGGAGCCCAGCUCAGGCAGCGGCGGCAUGGGUGGCGGAGCGGCGGUGGUAUGCACAUCCGUCGAAUUCAUGCAAUGGUGGGCAGGAUUGUGGGCAUUAUACACAAAUUGUUUGGAAGGCAACCAAGAAGAUCGGGUGUGCUAAGGUGACUUGUUUUGAGGGUAGGGGUGUUUUCAUGACCUGUAAUUAUGAUCCUCCGGGAAAUUUUAUCGGUGAGAAACCUUACUGAUCAUUAAUGCAUGAUAUUAUAUCUGGUCAUUUCAACGUACUAGUAUAUUAAAUGUAAUGUGUGUUUUUCCUUUUAUUUUAUUUAUUGAUAUUCUUUCGAAUUUGUGGCUAUUAAAUAUAUUGAUUUAAUUUA